CUAUAUGCGCAUCUGCGCGGAGCCGCUGCACGUCUGUGCGAUCGGCGGCGCGUCUGCGCCGACGAGGAGCGCGUCUGCACUCGGGCGCUGCGCGUGCGUCUGCACGGGGCGCGAUAUGGAGGUGAACCACUUACGUUGGCUGGCCGAGGCAAUCGGCAUACCGGGGCUCAGAACCGCGUCGUCGAGGGACUCGCGGUACUGCCAGUACUGCAGUCUGGCGGCGGUUGGCAACGACCGCAGGCGCGCCUUCAACUGGGCAUAGUGCUGCCGGAUUUCCGGCGGGGUCGACUCGAUGGGGUCGUCCUCGGGCACGUCGGCCUCGGGCGACUCGACGGGGUCGUCGCCGCCCGUCUGGGAACGGGGUGGAGUGUCCGGCACCAGCGUGCGUCCUGGGCCGCCUGGCUGCUCGUUGGACCCGCCGGCCGUCGGUCCCGACGGACUGAUCGCGGUGGGGCGACUCCGCUUUUGCUGGGGUCGGUCGGAUUGUGUUCGACCGGGCGUCGUCGGCUGUCGCCGCCUGCGGGGCGCGUUGCCCGCGGGGGGCGCGUCGGCGCCCGCGGUCUCCUGCUGCUCGCCCGCCUUGGCUCGAGCGCGCGUGAUGCGCGGCGGCGGCGGCGGCUGGGGGGCCGUCGAGCUCGGCGGCUGCGGUGCGGAUUGCUGUCCGCUUGGUUGAAGUUCGCUCUCGCCCGGACCUGGCGGCUGAGGGCCGGCAGGUCCUGCCGUCGCGCCAGUGCUCGCGCCAGCAGCCUCUGCACCAGGGGCUUCUGCCAUUAGUGAUGAGGUCUGGAGGGAUAAUGGAGGACGAAAAACUCAGCAGCACCGCGGGUCG